AUGGAGGAGUUCUGCGGUGAAAGCAGCAAACUGUUGUUGGAAGGCUUGACUGAUCCACUAGGUAGAUUCCUCAAGCUGAGCCUGCGUGACAUAGGCUGGAUGUGGCUCUCUGGGAAUGAACUGAUCGGGCAUAUGCUCAGAGUCAGAUAUGAUUUCUCAGAGAAGAAAGAAGGCCCCACUAUAGCGCACCCAUCUCCUCCUCCGUCCCUCCGCCUCCCGCCCGCCCGUCGCCACCACCCCAUCACAGCGACCCCUAUCGUCACCGUAUCCAUCGCCGGCGCCACCGUCGCCCGCACCCGCGUCAUCCCCAACUCCCAAAACCCUGUCUGGAACGAGCACUUCAAUGUCCCCUUGGCCCACACAGCCUCCAGCCUCUUGUUCCAUGUCAAAGACAAUGACCUCUUCGGCGCCGAGCUCAUCGGGACUGCCGAGAUCCCUCUCUCGCAGAUUGCUGCCGGCCCAAUUGAUCGGUUGUGGGUCCCGGUGAUCUCACCCAAGACCGGCAAACCGCCGAAACCCGACUGCGCUCUCCUUGUUUCUCUCCGUUUCACACCGGUGCAGGAUAACCCCGUGUACCGGAAGUUGAACGGAGGAGUACCAAAUUGCUACUUUGAGCAGAGGAAUGGGGGGAUGGUGAAGCUUUAUCAAGAUGCGCAUGUUAGAGAGGGGGAGUUGCCGGAGAUUGAGCUGGAGAAGGGGAGGGUUUUUGAGCAUGGGACUUGUUGGGAGGAUAUCUGCCAUGCAAUUCUGGAGGCGCAUCAUUUGAUUUACCUUGUUGGGUGGUCGAUUUAUGAUAAGGUUAGGCUCGUGAGGGAGCCCACGAGGGCUUUGCCUGAGGCGGGAAAGAUGACGUUGGGGGAUCUUUUGAAGUAUAAGUCACAGGAGGGGGUUAGGGUUUGUAUGCUUGUUUGGGAUGAUAAGACGUCACAUGAUAAGAUGUUUAUCAAGACGGAGGGUGUUAUGGCAACUCAUGAUGAAGAAACCCGGAAAUUUUUCAAGCAUUCUUCAGUCAUUUGUGUUCUGUCACCUCGUUAUGCCAGUAAUAAGCUCAGCAUUUUCAAGCAGAGGGUUGUGGGAACCCUAUUUACACACCAUCAGAAAUGUGUCCUGGUCGACACACAAGCUUAUCGAAAUAACAGAAAAAUUACAGCUUUUAUUGGGGGCCUUGAUCUUUGUGAUGGACGUUAUGACACACCAGAGCAUAGACUUUUUUCUGAUCUAGACACUGUAUUUGCAAAUGAUUUUCAUAAUCCUACAUUUGCUACAGAAACUAAAGGUCCAAGGCAACCCUGGCAUGAUUUACACUGCAAGAUUGAAGGCCCUGCUGCAUAUGAUAUACUUACAAAUUUUGAGCAGCGAUGGCGGAAAGCGACCAAGUGGAGGGAGUUGGGUUGGUGGUUUAAAAAACCAUCUCACUGGCAUGAUGAUGCCCUACUAAAACUAGAGCGUAUCUCUUGGAUAAUUAGUCCUAAACCUGGUGUGCCUGUUAAUCACCCAAGCUUACGGGUGACUGAGGAAGGGGAUAUAGAAAACUGGCAUGUGCAGGUUUUCCGUUCUAUUGAUUCUGGAUCAGCAAAAGGUGAAGGAUUUUCCAAAAUGCUUUCUGAUGCUGAGAAACAUGCACGAAUAGGGAAAGCAAGAAGACUUGCAAGACUGGUUGAAGAAGCCCACAAAAGAAACCUUGUCUGUCAAAAGAAUUUGGUGGUUGACAAGAGCAUCCAUACAGCAUAUGUUAAGGCAAUCAGAUCUGCUCAGCACUUCAUAUAUAUUGAAAAUCAGUAUUUUCUUGGUUCUUCUUACAAUUGGCCGGACUACAACAAUUCAGGUGCUGAUAAUUUGAUUCCAAUGGAAUUAGCAUUGAAGGUAGCUAGCAAAAUCAUAGCCCAAGAGCGAUUUGCAGUUUAUGUAGUAAUACCAAUGUGGCCUGAGGGUGUGCCAACUACUAACUCUGUGCAAGAAAUUCUUUUUUGGCAGGCUCAAACGAUACAGAUGAUGUAUGAUAUUAUUGGAAAGACGCUUGAAUCUAUGAAUAUGCGGGAUGCUCAUCCGCAAGAUUACCUUAAUUUCUACUGUCUUGGCAAUCGCGAAGAAUUGCCCAAAGAUAAUUCACAACCAACAGAGCAACCAUCAGAAAAAAGUGCAGCGGCUUUGGCUCAAAAAUUUCGGCGGUUCAUGAUCUAUGUCCAUGCUAAGGGUAUGAUAGUUGACGACGAGUAUGUCAUUUUGGGUUCUGCCAAUAUCAACCAAAGAUCUUUAGCAGGUUCUAGAGAUACCGAAAUAGCGAUGGGUGCAUAUCAACCUCAUCAGACGUGGGAUGAAAAGAAAACACAUCCACGUGGACAGGUUGGUGGUCUUUAUUUUCAAGUUAAACCUUUUUAUGUUUGUAUACCAUCAGCAGGCAUAUUUUUGGGAGGAUAAUUACUUGAAAGUUAC